AUGAAAUUUUAUGAUAAUGUCACAAAUCAUUUUCCUGACGAAUUAGUUAUAUAUGUUGUCAGAGUAACAUUAUAUGAUGAUCCUCCAUUUGAAUAUGAAUUUUUUGUUCAAAUUGCUCAAUCAUUUCCAAAAAUGCCCGAAAAAGGUUCAUGUACCGAUAUAACAUGUGAUAAUGAAAUCAAAGAAUUAUAUGCAUGUCAUUGUUGUUUACGUCUUGUUUGUUUUUAUCAUUUGAGUAAACAUAUUGAAAUAGUAAAAGAAAAUAAACAACGAUUAGAUAAUCUUCGUAAUGAAUUAAAUACAGUUGUAUAUACACUGAAACUAAUUAUUGAACGUGAACAAAAUUUAGUUGAACAAGCAAAAAAAGUUUUUGACGAACCCAGCAGUUCAAUGAAUGAACUAAAAAAUAUUAUUGAAAAAAUUAAUCAAACAAUAGCAUCAAAUCGUUCAGAUGUAACAGAAGAAUUGGGAAUCUCAAAAAAUGAUGAAUAUUCAACAGAUAUCAAUCAUGAUUCUAUUGAUACUAUAUCAAUGUACGAAACAACAAAUUCAAUUGAGGAUCAACAUGUAAAUGAAGAAAAUGAACCUAAACAAAAACCAUACAGAGGAAUUCUUCGUAAAUGUCCAUUAACAUUCGAUGGAGCAUAUGGUCUUACUGAAGCAAAUCAUUCUAUUAAAUUUUGUGAGCAUGGAAAAACUCGUCUAUCCGAAUUAUAUAGCCAUUUCACUCACAAACAUCAAUUAAAAAAAGUUUAUGCUCAACGUUUGGUACGAGCUGUUGUUGGUGAUCAAGAUCCUAGCACAACAAAAUUAUUUGAUGGAAAUGAAAAUGUAAUUAAUCAUUUUUAUAAAGUCCCAUGUCCAAUUUGUUGUGGACAAAUUAAUUCAUCAGAAUAUACUCGAAAAAAUAUAGUAACUGUACCACGUCAACCUCGAUUCAUUGUACUUCAUCAAUUAAAAAAACAUUUACGGCGUAAUCAUAAGGUUUCUAAUUUGUUGGCAAACAAAUUAGUUGAUGAUAUCAAAAAAAAUGAAAUAGAAAAUAAUAUUGAUUUGACUCUACUAGUUCCCUCAACAUCAUCAUGCUAA